GUGAUGCCAGCGCACGGUUCAGGAGGGGUGACGGCGACCGUUGCUGCGGUUGGCCCUGUCUGCACUCGCGUGACUCCCCUUGAGUGAAGCGCCCUGAGCCGUGAUGGCGAGCGCCUAGGGGAAGGCGCAGACGAGCCCAGGGCCGCCUUCCCUGACUGCGCUGGCCUCCCGGUCCCAGAGCGCGCGCCCGCGCCGUUGCUAGGCAGCCGCCUCUGGGCGCAGAGGGCGGGGUAGGCUUACGCGGAAGGGUCCGGUUGCUUGUGCUCGGGAGAGGGUGUGACUUUGGAGCGUAGUAGUGCCAGGCGGAGGGCCAUGGAGCAGUACUGCAUCUUGGGCCGCAUAGGCGAGGGCGCUCAUGGCAUCGUCUUCAAGGCCAAGCAUGUGGAGACUGGAGAGAUCGUGGCCCUCAAGAAGGUGGCCCUACGGCGGCUGGAGGAUGGCAUCCCCAACCAGGCCCUGCGGGAGAUCAAGGCCCUGCAGGAGAUUGAGGACAGUCAGUAUGUUGUGCAAUUGAAGGCUGUGUUCCCGCACGGUGCAGGCUUUGUGCUGGCCUUUGAGUACAUGCUGUCAGAUCUGGCGGAGGUGCUGCGCCACGCCCAGAGGCCACUGGCCCAGGCACAGGUCAAGAGCUAUUUGCAGAUGCUGCUCAAAGGCGUCGCCUUCUGCCAUGCCAACAACAUUGUGCACCGGGACCUGAAACCAGCCAACUUGCUAAUCAGCGCCUCGGGCCAGCUCAAGAUAGCGGACUUUGGCCUGGCCCGGGUCUUUUCCCCAGAUGGCAGCCGCCUCUACACGCACCAGGUGGCCACCAGGUGGUACCGAGCCCCUGAGCUCCUGUAUGGUGCCCGCCAGUACAAUCAGGGUGUCGACCUGUGGGCCGUGGGAUGCAUCCUGGGGGAGCUGUUGAACGGGUCCCCCCUUUUCCCAGGGGAGAAUGACAUCGAACAGCUUUGCUGUGUGCUUCGCAUCUUGGGCACCCCCAGCCCUCAAGUCUGGCCGGAGAUCACAGAGCUGCCUGACUACAACAAGAUCUCCUUCAAGGAGCAGGCACCCGUGCCCUUGGAGGAGGUGCUGCCCGAUGCCUCUCCCCAGGCCUUGGACCUGCUGGGGCGGUUCCUCCUCUACCCUCCACUCCAGCGCAUUGCAGCCUCCCAGGCCCUCCUGCACCAGUACUUCUUCACAGCUCCCCUGCCGGCCCACCCCUCGGAGCUGCCGAUUCCCCACCGCCCAGGGGGACCUACCCCCAAGGCCCACCCAGGGCCUCCCCACGUCCAUGACUUCCACGUGGACCAGCCUCUGGAGGAGUCGCUGUUGAACCCGGAGCUGAUUCGGCCCUUCAUCCUGGAGGGCUGAGAUGCUGGGCCAGGCCCCGCCAGCGUGCUCCCCACCAGAACCACCCAGGCCUCUUGUUCCCCAACUCUGGCCUGAUUCAGCCACAGGCUGUACCUGGUCCUGCUCUCAGCUGGGUGAUGAGGACAUCCAGCCCCAGCAGAGGGCACCUGCGGCCUGCGCUGUCAGCUCCCAUCUGUGUGCUGCUGACAGGUCCAUCCAAGGAGGCAGUGAGUGCUGCUGCUGUGUCUGCCACCGUGCUGCUUCUCUAGCUGCCACCUUCUUGGUCAGGGACGGCCUCGGUAGAGCCAUCUGGGGGAGCACUGAGUGUGAGAUGUCAGAAACCCAAGUGGGAAGGGAAGGGUGGUUUGAUUUUGUUCUCAGAGACGUUAAGCGCUAGUUCAGUUUUGAGAUUUAGGAUAAAACCCAAAUAGUCCUACCUGAUGUGUACCCCUCUUCUGCUCCUGUUGAGGGACGUGCCUGAGGUAGCAUGGUCUCCUGGCCCUUGCUUGUCUCUGGUCACUUGGAAAGUAGCCCCAUUCAUGGCCACCUUAGUCUUGGGGACUUUCUAGGUGCUUCAUGUCUUGGAGCUCCCACUUGGAGGUGAGAUGACAGAAGUCAAGGCCAGGGAUGGCUCAAAUUGGGGACCCAGUAAGUGACCCUCCACAUUUUUUUUUUCUUUUUCAGGGCCAAACCUUUGGCAUAUGAAAGUUCCCAGGCGAGGGGUCAAAUCAGAGCUACAGCUACACCACAGCCAUAGCAACACCAGAUCUGAGCCUCAUCUGCAACCUACACCACAGCUCAUGGCAACAUCGAAUCCCCAAUCCUCCAAGCAAGGUCAGGGAUUGAACCCACAUCCUCAUGGAUCCUAGUUGGGUUUGUUAAUAACCACUGAGCCACGAGGUGAACUCCGUGACCCUCCACAUCUUAAUCUGGUUACAUCACCCUCAGGAUAAGCAUGAGCCAGGACCACACGGGCCACCUCCUUACUCAGACACCAGGCAAAUAGGACAGACGUUCCUGAAAAUCAUUUGUUAAUUCAGUAAAUCCAAUACAAUCCGAA